CAAGGCCGUAAAACUUAAAAAAAAAAAAAAGUAAAGUAGUAAACAAACAAUCAAAGAAAGAGUAAUAUACUGGAAACAAACAAUUCAAACAAACGGAUUUGUAAUUUGUCUUGCUUGGUUGUUAAAUCCCGAUAAAGCCAUUUAUUUAAUUAGUGUCUAUUUUUUAUUUUUUUGAAAUAUUUUCCACUAGUAUUCCAUAAUCGUAAAGAAAGGAAUCACUUCGAUUUUAUUCUCAAUAGAAAUGACCACCACCCAAAUUAUAUCAAUUUAUAUUUCAAAGCUCAAUCACCCGUUAAAAGAAAUUCGUGAACGGUCAUUGAAACUAUUACUUACAAAGAUAAAACUUGGUUGGGAAUUAGAGGAUGAAUUGUCCUGCACUAGAGAGUUGAUUGAAGCCUUAUUGAAAUGGUUUCAAUAUCCUUCGCUUUCCCUCCACAAAGAGGCUUUAGAUCUUUUCACCACCAUUCUGAAGACAAAGUCGGGCACAUAUAUAGCUAAAGAAUAUGGAAUUGGAAACCUUUUAUCCUGCCUUAAUAAAAUAAAGCAUCACAUUAAUGACCCAGAAGCCAUAGAAUUAUUUAAUAGUACUAUUGAAACUAUGAAAUUUUUGAAUACUGUGGAUUCAGAAACUGAUGUUUCUGUGCCUCAUCUUAACUUACCAUCAUUUACUAAUUCUGAGGCUGAAGCAGGAAGUAAUAGUGGAGAGUACAAUAUAACAAAUAACCAUACUUCAAAGGAAACAUCAAUCUUAAAUGAAGAUGAUGAGUCAGGGGAUCACUUGCCAAGCCAAGUGAAUGGAAUAAAACUUUUUUUGUUUCCCUGGGUAGAUCUAAAUACUUCAGAUUCAAAAACCAUGUUAAUGGUGGAAGAUGCAUUGACAUUAUUGAAAUCAGUUAGAAGAUGCUGUAGAUUCAUCUGCAAUGUAUUUUUGCGAGAUUUCCCUGCAGAGAUAUUUUUGAAUAGGCCUACUAUAAUAAAGAACUUACUGGCAAUAUCAGAAGGAAACGAUGGAAAUCAAGCAGAAGAAGCAUUGCAAGUGCUUUUGUGUCUCACUAAAGCGCUUUACAGAAGUCUUAUGAAGUUAUAUUCUCUAGACAUAUUGCAUGAUAGUAUCAAGUUAACAGAUGAACAAAUGAAUGGAGUAUGUGGCAUACCUAUAGACCUACAACAGAUAAUAAACAAUGAUGAAGUUAAUAUAUCACCUUCUGAAAAUAAUCUUAUGGUGCUGAGACAACUGCCUUCACCAACGUACACCCUGGACACCGCACAUGCUGUGUUAACAACUAUGUCUAGGAGUAUUAUAGUAGUUGACACAGUUAGUAAAACUGAAAUAUUAAAUUUGAAAGAAAUAAAUAAAUGCUUAGAUCUGUUAGAGAGUCUAAUAAAGCUACUGUUAGCUUGUGUUGAUGAAUGUUUCUGGAGAGAAGAUCAUAGUACUAAAACACACAGAGACAUAGCACACAAGAGUUGUAUGGUUAUGCGUCUGUUGGGAGACCUUUUGGAUAAGUACAGGAGUGCUUUUGUCAAUGCUUCUGAAGCCGAUUACAAAUGGGCCGUGUGGUUACGUUUAGUGGUGUCUGCAGAAACCCUUUUAAAAUGGGCUGGAAAUUCUGCUUUACCACCGACCACACUCGUCGCAGCCUUGCAAGUAGCACAGCUGGACCCAGCACUUCAGAUACUCUACCCUGAGUUGAGUGAGAGGAUCACAUUGGCAUUGCAAAUAUCAAAGUCUUCGGUAAACCAAGAAUACAAAACUAAAUAUAGAGAGUUGUUAAAAUUAACAUCAAGUAUGGAUGAUGCUGUUAAAUUCAUGAAGAACAAACAUUGCCGAAGCGCGAAGGCAGUUCUAAAUAUCAUCAAGAAAUCAUUAUCAGUGCUGGAACUUCAUAUGAGUGAAAGUUAUUUGAAUGAUGUAGCUGAUGUACUUUUAAAAAAAUCUAAAGAUUUUAAUAUGGACGACAAUGAUUGGAACUUAGCUCGCAGCAUAGCUUUGCAUUUGAUGGCCCACAAGGCGGAAUGGGUUUGUGCAAAGUUUUAUUCUGAGACUGCUGAAAUGGUGAAAUAUGUAUUAGUUGGAGAUGAGUUAAAUCAGACUGAAAAUGAAAAAUGUUUAAACCUUUUGUGCGAUGUGGGCAUUUUGACGGAAAUUUGCUGCCAUGGUCUUUCUUCAAAAUCAAAACAGUUGGAAAUGAAAGCUUCAGAAAUAAUGUUAUAUUUGCUGCGUGGACGGUUAGCCCUGAGCGAAGGAACGUGGUGGAGACUUCUGGCCAGCUUGCUGCCUAUACUGCCGCUGUUGCAUGUGUACGCUGAACAUAACACGCCACUCGGAAAAGCUAUAUGCAAGUCAUUGGAAAUGGAUAUAGCGACGUGCAUGGGCGUGCCCCUAGCGGAGGUGGUGUCGGGACUGGUGCGUUCGUUGUUGGUGCGCUGCGUGGGCGUGCAGCUGGAUGCGGCGCACGCGCUGUGCCGCCUGCUCGAUGAUGACAGAUACUUGCCACCAAAAGAAGCUUUACGUGCUGACGUGCUAAUAAACGCUCUGAAAAGAGUGCAACCACAAGACUUUAAUGUCGACUCUUCGAGUUCGCCAUCGAAAAAUCCACAGAUAACCGGUUUGUUACAAAUCUUGGACGUGUUGAAGCAAGAUAUAAUACUGGACGAGCACGGUACAGAAUACGUGACUAGAGAUUCUGUUCAGCCUACUUUAGAGCCGUCAUUACGACGUAGUACGCUUCAACAACUAGCCGUAUUGAUGAGGCAGCAGGAUUGUCACGAGGCGUUCUUACAAAACGACGGCUUAAGGGUUAUCGUUGCUGUGUUGAGGAUGUCUUUGAUGGUGGACGACUAUUUAGCGUAUCCGGAGUGUGCCAUUAGCUGCGUAUCUAUACUGAACAGUGUUUGCUUCGUGAGUAGGCAUAACUUGGCUAAAAUCAACGAUCUACCCACAUUAUUGCUAAGAGUCAUAUUAGUAUUUCCGGCUAACGAUUCAGCAGUUUUGAUGUCAGCACAAGUGCUGGCUUUAACCGCUUGGUCUGGAUUCGUCCUCCAAGAGUUGGAUUCUGAUAGGAAGCGCGUGCCAGCUUUACCUCACUGUGUUACCUUGCGAAUUUCGUUACCUUUCAUCGCUAACAGCUAUUGGCGUAGUAGCCCUAAUGCCGAACAUUCUUCGAUUGAAUGGCUAGCGAGCAGUGACGAGUGGCGGGCAAGUCUCCGCGUGCGCUGGUGGUGCGCUUACGAAUCCUUCGAGAGAGUGUUAAAGGGGGCGCCCCCUCCCCCCGCACCUCUCUCCCUGCAGCCGACCAAGCACGACCGCGUGUUAUUGAGAGCCGCCUGCCCUCAACACUCGGCAGCCAGUGCACUGCUGGCCUUGGAGAACGCCACUUCGCACUCGCAAGUCAUCGAAGCGUUAUGCCUGUUGGAAAGUUACGUCCACCUGUUGCCCCUCUCGACUGCGGGCGGGGAGUUUGCCGCGUUGCCAUGGCAACACAUGAAGCGAUUUCUGCGCGCACCGCCAGCUUCGUCGCGCGAUACUGCGCUACUUAUAGCGCUGAUGCACUUCAUAAUAGUGUACAUGGACUGUACACCUUGUACUGAUGGCAUCGCAACGUGGAUAAAGUCGUCAUUCAUAGAUGGUGACAUGACUGUUAUAGCGCUAUUGAGUCGGGACCAGCUUUUGCCACAACAAACCGCGCAGGAGAGCAUUGAAGUGACGCAGCUUCACAUCCAUAUAGUAAAAGUGAUACAACGUUGUGUCAAGAGAUUGCAACAUGAAGAUUAUGAUACUGGCAAAUUGGAGAGCUUAUUGAAAAUCAUGCUAUCCUGUUUGGAGAGAAUAGACUUGAAGAAUUUUCACGCUUUAGGUUAUCUCAAUGAGUUGAUGCUUUGCAUCAGAAACGUUUUACACUCCCGUUACUGCAAACUGUCGGAAGAUACCUUUGUAUUCGCAAUGCGUGUAGUUACGAAUACGCUAAGUGGUUGCGCCUCCGGAGCAGGGCGUAAAGGGCAAGCCUGUAGACUUGAUGCCAUCCUGUCACUUCUGGCGAUACUGAGGCAAGCACAUGGGGAAAAAAUACCGGUGCAGAGAUGGUCAGAGCUGUGGCAUAGUGACGUAGUUUUAGCGGUGUUUGCCAGCAGUCGGGGCCAUUGUGCCGAAUUGCGUGCGGCUUCUCUGAGCACUAUUGCAACCCUAGCUCACUACCCGCAGUUACUACCCCAUCUACUGCAAGCCACUGUAGAAUCGUCUUUGGCACAAUAUGCGGCGCAGAUAUUCGCUGAAACACGAGAAGCUAACGUCGUCCGAGCGGCCGCAGCGGAUCUACUGACCGCCGUCGCUGCGCGGGCGUCACCACACUGCGAUGUCUUGGAGACUCAUGUUAUAGAGCAGUUGCAGAGUCACAGUGUAGUAGAACACUGCCUUGAAAUAUUAGUAAGGUUCUGCAAGGAGAGAAGCUAUGAGAGUACUUUUGAGCCGAACGUACCACUAUCGGUUCUUGAACGUAGAUCGGAGUUAGAAGUGCGUGCUCAGAAGUGCGGAGACGUGCACGUUUCGCCCGCUCCUACUUCUAUGCGAGCUCGUCCUCCGCCGACUCCGGCCUUAGUAGCUGCUGUGGCGGAUCUCCUUCAUAAUGUUUGUGGGUUCGCUCGCUUCCCCGUACAACUAUGGAACGAGCGAGGCGUCUACCGGCUGUUGUUCAGAUGUGCGUCUCUGCCUAUUGGUUCGCCUUUGGAUAUACAACGCGUAAGAGCGGCCGCGUGCCGUACGCUCAACGCCGUGACGUCACACAAAUGCGUGCGUACAACACUCGCUGCCACCAAGGAUUGUCUGCACAAUUUGGUGGACACACUCACACCAUUACAGGAAGAGGAAAUGUAUGCAGAGCACAUAGAAGCGCGGGCGCAAUCGUUGUUUCUACUCGCUUCAUUACUCGUGGAUCGAUCAGCGGCGGAAAGUUUAUGGACGCAACUACGAGACAACCAAAUGACAGCGUUUUUCUGUUGUCUACUGCAAGGCUUGGAAGCAGACCAGACAGAACUUCGAACGGCUGCAUUGUACUGCUUAUCGCAGCUGACACAGUCGCUUCAUAAGACACAUCAAGACAAGUCCACAGACAACUCCUGGCUUCCGUACUUCGAUAGCGUAAAGUCGCCGUAUACUUCAAGCGCUUUCACUUCAAGAUCCGGCGCGGGAGACUGGAACGAUCGAGAUUGUCAGCCGGAGUAUAUGGUCGAGGAGAUGUGCAAGAUGUUAAUGACACUUUACCGGAAAAUAGAUCUCGUAACCAUGAACUACCAGUGCUCUCAAGACGAGUUUUGGCCGCGUGUGUGUUCGUGCCUGUCCUCUGUAUUAACCGUGAGUCCUCGCGGCCGGGCGUAUACGAUCCACAGGGAAUUUCCCAAAAUAUUAUUGGGAUCUCUUCAAGGAGUACGAGAUCACCUCUCCGUUCUGGGGAAACCUCUCGACGUCAUACGAAAUGCUAACCAUAACCCAACAAUGCGUGUACUCUACUGGUUGUUAACAGUUGUAAACUGUUGCAUGGUGGAUUGUACGCCCGCCAAGGAAUGCUUCGCGGACGGCGGCAUAGCCACCUCCCUCAAUAGACUGUGGCCAUGGUGUAUGACCACGGAACAAUUAAGGAAUACUACGCUAACAUUGUUGUUCAAUUUCACCAAUGAAUGCGAAAAAGCGUGGUCGUGUAUGUGCAUCUGCGUUGGCGGACGCAACCUAGUGGGCGAAGUUUGCGCACUAGCGGCGCGCGAGGGUGGGCUGCAGUCCCGCACGCGUGCGCCCAGCCUGCUGUUGCUGUGCGCGCACACGCUGCGACACUGCGCCGCGCACGCGCACUGCCGCACCCACACGCUCAAGAGUGAUAUCUUGUUGACGUUGUGCAAAACGAUAAUCCGCGAGCGCGGACGCAGCGUGGGCACAGGCGACGCCUGGACGAAGCUGGUGUGCGUGCUGGCUCGACACGUGGACGGUAGCGCAGCGCUGCUGGCGAUGCGGCCUCAUCUACCCGCGCUACCGGCGCCGCUGCUAGCGCGCGUGCUUCCAGCGCUGGCGCACGCCGCACACCACCACCGCCAGCCCGUACUGCGAGCGGCUGAUUUGUUGGAGUUAUUGUCGGGCACGCUUCUGACUUCGGGGGAUACAUCGGAAAUUGUAUCUGCCGCACGAGCCGUUUGGGCACUGGCUGCUAACAACCAUAAGGCGAAGCUUCUCCUUCGUAGCGCUGGCGUGGCUGCAGCCGUGCAAUCAGCGCUGCAGCGUUUGCAGCGCUGCAACAAAGAUAGUGAUUUGAAGCGAGCCUUAGAACUCCUUACGUACACUAACACGGUACUACAGACCACGUGACCACAAUCAUUAUACUGUCCCUAUUGGAAUAUGACACAAAUGUACCUUAUUGCAAAUUUUCUUUGAUAAAGUAAUUGAAUGAAAAAAAUAUGUAUUUAUUUUUGAGUGUAUUUGUAUUAUCAACUAGUUCUCAUUUUUUUGUUAUUUUUGUUUUCUGUAAUGUAAUUUAUAUCAUUUGAUCUCUUAAUAAAUAGAAUGAUCAAAAUCAUGCAUUUAUAAAAUUUAAACAAAAGACUGAUUGCAUUAAAUUUGUGGGUUUAUGGGCCUUGCACAAAAAAAUUGCUUCUCGUAUUGUAUAGGUACGACCAGACGCGAAAAGAGGGGUGUUACAAGUUAAAAAUUAGCUUUCAAACGAAAGGACCAAUUUUGAUGUUUAUUUUGUUUUAGAGCUGAUGUGAUUGCUGGUGGUUCUACGCUGUAUUCAUGAAGAUCUGUAUUCUGAUAAGAGGUUUUCUAUUUCAGAAAAGGGAUUUACCAACUUAUUCCGUUGAUUUAAAUAUUACAAUUACGAAGAUGUCGUUCCAUUGACCUGAUAUUAAAGCAGCUGAUUUUAAACCGCCUAAAUUAUUAUUAGUGUACGAUAUGAUGUGGUUUGAUUAAAUGAAUGAAAAAAAUGUCGAGACCGGGAAAUUUAUUUAAUUAUGUAUCAAUAACUCGAAAAAUACGAGCUUUAAUUGUUCCUUAAAUUACAAUGUACUUAAAGUAAGGGGCUAACAACACAUAAUUAUUUUGUUACUUAGGAAUACGUUUUUUUGUGUAUGAGGUGAACUUCACUGGUAAUAACAUAAUUUACAUAUGAAAUUUACAAUGAUACUGGAUAGCCUGAUGCAUUACAGAAUCCAAAGAACUAAAGCUACAUUGUGAUCAUUAUUAUACACACAGUUUCAUUUGUUUUAAUGAGGAAUAUGAAAUAGUAGGUGUGUGUGUAUUUAAUAAAUUAUUGCUUUGUAUUUUGCGUGUCAUGUGAUAAUAAACAGCUCUUGGAAAAAGAAAUACAGCAACU